AUGGCUGCUAAACAAAGUGAUUUGGGGUGGGACAACACGUUUACAGCUGGUAGGGGGCGGGGCAGUCUUUUGAAUACGCCUGACAGAGCAAAGCUGUUUGAAGAUCCUGAGUACUGUAGUACAGGUCGGGGUAGAGGAAUUGGUCUUUCCCCCGAUGACGGAGUUCAAAUGUGCGGUAGUCCAAUCGCUGCAGCCAGUAACUAUGAAUUCGCUCCUCAAGAGUCAGAAAUGUCUGGUCAAAUGAGUAACCUCAUAAGACAAAUUGGUAUUGAGAUUGGGCAAUCAAUUAGAGAGAGUAUGAUGAGGCCUGACUUUUCUAACCAUCCAUCUGCUAGAAAGUUACAGGAAGGUGUCAGUGGUCAUGUGACUGACCCCUCUAAUACUACUGUCAUUGACGCGUCAAAAAUGAACUUGAUCCUGAGAGCUGAGGUGUCCGCACCACCACACUUUCGAGGAGAUAGUUCAGACAAAUACUCAGUCCUGGAAUGGGAAGACAUGAUGAGGGUAUAUUUGAACAAACUUGAUGUGACAGAGUCUGAAAUGGUUGAUGAGAUAAUGAACAGAGUUAUGGGGCGGGCCAGAGAUGUAAUGAGAGUAUGGCUGCGCAAUGGUUCUACAACUCCAACUGUUGAUUCUGUAUUUUCUGUUUUGAAGCAGCACUUCGGGGACCAGAGCAGUUCAGGUAUUCCUUUAGCUGACUUCUAUUCUGUGAGACCAUAUCCCAGGGAGAGCGCUUGGGAUUUUUGGAUAAGACUAAACAAGGCAGCGGAUGUUGCAGAGCAAAGUUUAAGAUGGGAAGGGAGAUCCCUGGAUAACAGGAGCAAAGAGGUGGCCGUUAUGUUCAUUCGUAACUGCCCUGACAAAGAGUUAGCUUUCGUUUUCAAGAGUAAGCCUGUACAGUCAUGGAAUGCAUCUGAGGUGCAGGAGCAGCUUGACGAGUUGUUAAGGGAACGCAAGUUGACGAAUCACACUGUCAAACAAUUCACCACGGUUGUCUCAGAGCCAGACGUUGAUGUGCCUGUCUCAUCGUCUAAGUCUGAACAGGGUGGGGGCGUAGCUGACGAGAAUGCAUUGGACAAAGUCCUGUCUUUGCUUGAAAAAACGUUAGUGUGCAACACUCAGUCUGUACGAGGCCCCUGGCCUAAACGAACGGGCAAUAAGAUUCGAGAGUGCAGAGUGUGUCAAAGCGGUGAGCACAGCACGACUGCUCAUUGUAAAAUGUACAAUUUGUGUUUCAAGUGUUUUGCGGCUGGACAUGCGAGCUACAACUGCGACAGUCAUAGAGUAACGUCCAGGGUGGGCUCCGGUCAGCAUGACAGAGUUGCAUCUCAGGGAAACUAGACAGCUCCCUUCGGGCAGAGGGCGAAGUGGGGCUGUGUAGUUCCUCUGAGAAUGAUUUUGAGUCUGUUUAUUCUUUCUUCUGUGAGAGUGUUGGCAAAACAAAAACGGUCAUUUUUCAGAACAGCAUGCAAGUUGAUCAAAGUAACAGUUUAUUUUAUGCAAGUGUGUUACUACAGGACAAAGUUGAGCUUCGGGGGAUGUUGGACAGUGGCUCCAUGGCGACCACUCUGAGUGCGGAAGUUCUUCCUCAACUUGGAGACGCUGGGGUGCUGGACCGGGAUAUCCUGAGCUCUUCAGAUAUUGUCUUGGCAUAAUUAAGAGCUGUUGCAGAUAACAGUGCCUGUCUGUUUGCUUGUUUUACUACACAGGCACUACAAGUAAAUCCUCAUCAGUUAAAAACCA